CGGUUUUAUUUUAGUGCUUAGACCAGCCUAUUGCGAUGUUGCCAAUUUUUAGUUCAACCAACUCGCCAAGGCUUACACCGAAAACAUUUUUAUCAUGGCUAAUAACAACAAGGCUCGUCAGAAUAAUUGUGAUAUCUUUUAUCACAUUCUCUGCGAUUUUCUCCUUCACACAUUUAUUUAGAGGAUUUUAUUUUGGAAGAUCUAAAAUUUUACAUCCCAUAUCGAGAACAUAUGACACAAAUCAGAUUUCUCCGUUAUCUGAAAUGAAUAAUUUAUAUAGAUUUUCUAAAAUGCAUUCUAAAACUUCAAAGUUAUUUACCGAUAGUCUAUACCCUUAUUAUUAUCGUGCAGAGCGUACACCUGAAUUAGACGACAUAACUGUCACUACUUUUGUAUCUCAACAAGGUUUUGACGAUUUAAUAAGACUAGCCGAAGCUUGGCAAGGUCCUGUGUCAGCGGUUCUUCAUGUGCCAACGGAAACACUUGAUGACAAGGAUCCGAGAAUUGUAAAUAUUCUCGCAACAUAUAACGAUCUAUAUAAAAGAAAUGCAAUUCUUAAACAAAAUGUUGAUAUUCAUCUUUUAGCGGGUCCAGUAUCUAUCAAUAAUGUUACAAUAUUACCACGGCCUACUAAUUUUCAUUUCAAUAUUGCAAGAUUUUUUGCUCGUUCAGAAUUUGUAUUAUUUUUAGAUCAAGAUACAUGGCCAACACAACGUGCACGAAAAAUACUUAGAAAGCAUAAAGAAAUUCUUUUGCAAAAUGAUAUUCUUGUUUUACCUACAUUUGUUUUUACUGAGCUUUCCACAAGCCAUACAAGUAAUGAUUUUCCGCGUUCAAUUGAAGAAUUAACAAAAUUAGCUAAACGGAAAUAUAUGGGAUUAAAAGAUAGUGGUUGGUCGCUUAAUAAAGGUCCAACAAGUUAUGAAAAUUGGUUGAAAAAAAAGGUAUAUAAUGUAUCCGAUUACGAAAUGCAUUAUCAACCGAAUUUUGUUGUAAGGCGAGGAAGAGAGCUUCCAUGGUGUACCGAAAGAUUUGAUAAUUUUGAGAACAGCAAAGCGGCAUGCUUGCUCCAAAUGUAUAUAAGUGGGUCAGAAUUAUGGGUAAUACCUGAAGCGUUUUUAAUAGAAUAUCAUUAUAAUCGACAUUCAUAUCUUCUUAAACCUAUAGAAUCUAAAUGGGAGAAAACCAUUAAAGAUCGAAUGUAUACUAAAUUCUUUCGAGAGGCAUGUAUUCAUUACGCAAAAAUAUUAGAUUCAAUGGGCGAAUGGAAUACACCCAAAGCAAAUCAUGUUAAACAACAAUGUGCUAGAAUAAUAACGAAUUGGGGUCUAGGUAUAAUUGAUGGUUUAACUGCAGAUAGUAUUACAGUUCUUUAAUAUUUAAUAUAAUUCAUAUUUUAUUUGUUCGCCUUUGUUAGUUAAUUUAAUAUAGAAUAAAAUCUUUAUAUUAAUUAUUGUAUAAGAGAGAUUUGUAAAAAUUAGUUGUUUA